CCAAGCUCCGCCUCGUGUUUUUUAUGUAGUACAAUGCGGUAAAUCUUAGUGAACGUAACGUUGCAAGAAGCAACGAUGAGCAUGAGGAGUUCGAUGCAGUGGCUAGCGUUACUAUUUUUAGCAGCUAUUCUCCUGCAAACUAUCGCGGUGGCUGUUUCGUUUAUAUACUUCAGCAGCAUCUUAAGCACGAUGAAAGAAACGUUUUCAAAAAGCAGUAUAUCGUGUCUGAUGCGGGCAAACCUGAGAGCGGAGUAUGAUUUGGAGAGUGGAAAGGAUGACCCCUGCUGGCAGGUCUCGCAACAGAUUCAUUUCCUGAUUGAAAAGACGAUGUCUGGCCACUAUGACAAAGGAAUAUCAUCGGCAGUGAAAGGGGAAAUCUCCAGGGUGCUGCCUUAUUUGACAAUGGAGGAUCAAGAUGCUCCCCCUCGUCCUGAAAUCGCAGCUCACGUCACCGGAGGCCAUUUGGCCGAAACGGGCAGAACAGAGGGUCUGUCCACAAGGAAUGUUCUGGGCCAAAAGAUUCCAGCAUGGGAGUCGAAACGAGGCUUGGCGUUUCUGCACAACAUGGAACUGCACAACGGGGAGCUCAUCAUUCCCCAGAGGGGUCUGUAUUACGUCUACUCACAGACCUACUUCAGGCACUCCCAGACCUCCGAGGAGGAGACGGAUGAAGUCGCAGACGGGCCGACGAGCGCGUUAAGUGGCAAGCAAAUGCUGCAAUACAUUUACAAGAAGGUGGCGUCGUACCCGUCUCCCAUCCUGCUCAUGAAGAAUGCGCGAACCACCUGCUGGUCCAGAGAUGCAGAGUACGGCCUCUAUUCCAUUUACCAGGCCGGCGUGGUUCAGCUCGGUGUGGGAGACCGGCUCUUUGUGUCGGUCAGCAACAUCAGCACUGUGGACAUGGAUGAGAAGUCAAGCUUUUUUGGUGCUUUUCUGGUCAGCUAAUAAAGAAGAGUUUGGUUUGUUCCUUAUGUAGAACUGAAGACACCUCAUGGAAACAGAGGUGGAAGAACAAAGUGAUGAAGGUCUCCUGAUCAGUAAGCAUCUGAUCUACUGGUUUAUUGUGUCUUUCUGUCCAAGAUCUUGGGAGUGAGACUUUAAGAGAGACUGGUUGAACUUCCCUGUCAGUGCUGGUGACCUCCUGAGUGACAGUUUGUCCUCCUAGGUACUGGAAAGUAACUGAUAGGCUGCGAAGAGGUCAGCUGACAUAGCCAGUGUGACGGGACUUCAGAAUAAAAGAAUGUUGACCAUGAGAGAGAUUCUGGUCCACAUUAAUCAGAGCGGCUAUGCUGUUGAUCAGUGGAGCGAUGCAGCAGGUUCGAUCGGCAAUCAUAGCGGAAUGGAAUUUGUAACUUACCAACACGUUCUUAUGCUCAGCUUGUUCUGGACAAAAGUCCACACUGAGUGACUUUUUUUUCACCCAGGUAACACUUUAUAAAAAGUUUCCUUUAUACAAGAGCACUCUCUUUCUUAAAAUAAAAAAUAAGCAAAUACAUAUUACCUAAUACAAAUCACCCACCUUUGGUGAAUAAACCUUAGAUUCACUGGAAAGCAGGAGCUAUGAAGCUGCAGUUGUUAUUCAACAAAACUGCCCUGUUUUCUAAACUAAAGCUUAGCGGCCGCCGUAUUUUAAACGUUUGGCAGUGGUGACUCAGUCAAAUCACAGAUUCAUACCAAUAAGUGACAUUAAAAAUGUCUUAAUUUUUGUAUACUUAUUUGAAAUAAAUUGGGUUUGCACUUGAUAAUUUGUUGAAAAUUACGACUCCAAGCGCACCUGUUUCUUUGUAGAUAAUACCUUCCAGUCUUUUUGAUAUAUCAUGCUAAUCAAUAAAACAUUUGAUAGUUAA